GCGUCGGCGCGUCGGCGGUGAAGUCAGUCAGGCGAGGUCGAGCCGGCGACGGCGAGCGAGAAGAGCGGAUUGGUGCAGCUGCUGCUAGUAUCUACUCGGGGAUCUCUCACGGUCGAGAUGGCCGCCGCGACAUCCGACGCGGCCGCGGCGGCGACCAAUGAGAGCAGCGGCGGCGAGCAGAAGACGCGGCACUCGGAGGUCGGCCACAAGAGCCUCCUCAAGAGCGACGACCUCUACCAGUACAUCCUGGAGACGAGCGUGUACCCGCGGGAGCACGAGUGCAUGAAGGAGCUCCGCGAGGUCACCGCCAAGCACCCAUGGAACCUGAUGACGACGUCGGCGGACGAGGGGCAGUUCCUGAACCUGCUGCUCAAGCUCAUCGGCGCCAAGAAGACCAUGGAGAUCGGCGUCUACACCGGCUACUCCCUCCUCGCCACCGCGCUCGCCAUCCCCGACGACGGCACGAUCUUGGCCAUGGACAUCAACCGCGAGAACUACGAGCUGGGGCUCCCCUCCAUCGAGAAGGCCGGCGUGGCGCACAAGAUCGACUUCCGCGAGGGCCCCGCGCUCCCGCUGCUCGACCAGCUGCUGGAGGAGGACGCCAACCAUGGCGCCUUCGACUUCGUGUUCGUCGACGCCGACAAGGACAACUACCUCAACUACCACGAGCGGCUGCUCCGGCUGGUCAAGGUCGGCGGCCUCGUCGGCUACGACAACACGCUCUGGAACGGCUCCGUCGUGCUCCCCGCCGACGCCCCCAUGCGCAAGUACAUCCGCUACUACCGCGACUUUGUGCUCGAGCUCAACAAGGCCCUCGCCGCCGACCACCGCGUCGAGAUCUGCCAGCUCCCCGUCGGCGACGGCAUCACCCUCUGCCGCCGCGUCAAGUGACACGCACCGAUCCCGAGUCACACCGGACGCGAUGAACUAGUCAUUUUAUUAUAAAUUACAGUAUAUAAAUUAAAUACUUUUUGUGUCCUAUUAUACUGGUGUAUUUCUCAAAUUCAAAUUUAUCUUAUAAAAUGUGUAUCUGUGAAAUAUUAGCUGUUACAUUAAGUAUCUCGUAUUUAAAUCUCUAUUCAUUUUACGCUUAACUUCUUCUCGCUCCAUAUAAUUUUCU